UGAAAACUACACGUGUAAUGAAAAGGGGGAAAAGAAAUAGCGACAUGUCUUCUUGCACAAUGGAUCUUCCCAAAAAGAAAUAUUACAGACAGCGUGCACAUUCAAAUCCUAUAUCAGAUCACAGUCUCGACUAUCCCAAUAAGCCAGAAGAAAUGGACUGGGGAGCAUAUUACCCACUACAGAUUGGAUCAUCUAACAGCCCUGGUUGUCAUGGCGACCAAAACAAGCAAGUUGAAUUUGCAGAUAUUGGAUGUGGAUAUGGAGGACUUCUUGUGCAGUUAUCUCCCCUGUUCCCUGAAACCCUCAUGCUGGGCAUGGAAAUCCGUGUCAAAGUCUCCGAUUAUGUAAUUGAUCGAAUUAAAGGUUUGAGGUCACAGAAUCCGGGAAGCUACAACAACAUUGCUUGCAUUCGGUGCAAUGCCAUGAAGCACCUUCCUAACUUCUUCACUAAAGGACAGCUCAGCAAAAUGUUUUUCUUGUUCCCAGAUCCACACUUUAAAAAAACGAAACACAAAUGGCGAAUCAUUAGUCCCACCUUGCUCGCAGAGUAUGCAUACGUGCUUCGUGUUGGUGGCCUUGUGUAUACUAUGACAGAUGUAAGAGAUCUCCAUGAGUGGAUGGUGUCGCAUUUGACGGACUUCCCGCUGUUUGAACGAGUUUCGGAAGAUGAUCUGAAGCACGACAUUAUUACUGACAAGCUGUACCACAGUACUGAAGAAGGACAAAAAGUGACGAGAAAUAAAGGAGAAAAAUUCCUGGCAGUUUUUAGACGAAUUGAAGAUCCUCACAGAACACAGACAGAAAGUUGUUCCACAAACAGAUGAUGAGCUGUCGGUGAUAGAUGACAAUAAAACACAAACCAAUAAACCACU